AUAGAAAAGAUAAUGAUAACUGCCGGCAGUACGUGAAAAAUGAAAAUAUAUUGUUUAUCUCUCUAAUAUUUAUUAGUUUGGUUUUGAUUGUUUAAACUUUUGAAGUCGAUCGCGUGAAGCCGUGAAUUAUUCACGAUUAUUUAAAUUGUAAAAGAACUAUCAAAUAACAUACAUAAUCAUGGCUACUAUGCCUGUAAAUCCAAAACCAUACCUUAAUGGUCUUAUGGGUAAGACCAUAAUCGUUAAGCUUAAAUGGGGUCAUGAAUAUAAAGGAUUUUUGGUGUCCACUGACAAUUAUAUGAACAUACAACUAGCUAGUGCUACAGAAUUUGUGGAAGGUAGUGAACCAGCUCUAUUGGGUGAAAUUAUGAUUAGGUGUAAUAACGUUCUUUACAUCAGAUCAGUUGAUGAUGAAAAUGAAGAGGCUGAUGCAGAGAUGAAAGAAUGAAUUAGGUAAUAACAACUCAACCAAAUUUUCAAAAUAAAUUUAAUUUUACUUUAAAAUAUAUAUAUUUAAAAAUAAAAAUAAUUUUUUUGUAUAAAUUAUAACAUUAGUAUUAGAUUAUGAAUAAAAUUAAAUACUUUUGUUUAAA